AUGGAACAACUCGACGAGUGGAGUCAAGUAAAUUCGGAGCUUAAUAAAUCGUAAUCCCUAUUCAGCUGCGAGGACAGAAAGCCAAGGUUCGUUCUCUUUGUUGAGAAAUGGAAUCCUUUCAGUCUUCAUGCCGCUCGAAUUUUUCAAAAAUUAAAAGCAGAAAGCACUGAGAAAGACAUUUUCAUUGUAGACGCAGAUAAAUUAUUUAGCAUUGCGUCUGGAUUUGGAGUUAUAGGAACCCCAGCUUUGGUUGUUUUCUUCAGAGGAAUGCCGAUUAAGAUAAAAAGAAGAGGAUGGGAAGAAGACAUUAAAUGUAAAUUUUAUGCAGAUGUCGGAAUUGCAUCAGAAGAUAACUAUUCCAAGAUUGUUAGCAUGGGCAGAGAACAAGCAAUUACAGGAAAUCCACUUAUUUGUGAUUAG